CAGUCCAUCCUUCGUCUGGCCACUCCUUGCACCGCAGACAUAACAACUGGCGACGAAGAUGGGGGCAACAAAGCCAAGACGAAGGUGAGAAGCCUUGAAGCUGCGUCCAAACAGACAGCGAAACAUCACCGCAAGCCGCUGGGUACUCGGCGACAGCAAGUUUCUCAAGAUGGCAUCCUCCAGUCAUAUCGGCCAAGUAGAAGCCUUCGAUGAAACUGUGAGUGACUGGCAGUCUUAUGAAGAAAGGUUGACGUCCUUUUUUCUGAUCAACAAAAUACCUGACGACCUCAAGGUGCAUGCUUUUUUAAGCGUUAUUGGGCCUAAAACGUACAGUCUCUUGAAGUCUUUGACGGCACCUGCCAAACCGUCAGAAAACACGCUAGAGCAACUAACCCAAUUGCUGCGAAACCAGCUGUCACCGAGAGUAUCAGUGAUUGGAGAACGAGCGAAAUUCCAUCGCCGUAGUCAGUUGGAACACGAGAGUAUCGCACAAUAUGUAGCGGAGCUCAGGAAGCUCUCUCAAACCUGUGAAUUUGGCGGUUUCCUAGAUGAGUCGCUGAGAGAUCGGUUCGUGUGCGGUUUGUUCCGUGCGGACAUACAGCGGUAUUUGUUUGCAGAGGAUAAAACGUUGACAUUUCAAAAAGCCGUUGAACGCGCACUCGCGUUAGAAGAAGCUAAAAAAAAUGUUCAGGAGGCGCACGCAAAAGAAAGGAGCGAUGACUUGCACAAGAUGAGUACCGAAGAUUCCGCGAAAAGGAAACAGUCGUUCGAGUGUUAUCGCUGUGGCUCUGAUAAGCAUUUCGCCCGGGCGUGUCCGCACAUUGCAGAUAAGUGCAUGAAUUGCGGCAAGAAGGGUCACGUUCAGCGUGCAUGUCGGAGUGCCAAGAAGAAGACUGUUGGCGGAAAGAAGUGGGUCCGGACUCUUCAAAGCGACGACACAUUCAACGUCAAGAUGCUGUCACCGCAAAGCCGGCGACCCAUCACCGUCGACGUGGAAGUUCAAGGAACUUCCUUGAGCAUGGAAUUGGACACGGGAGCCACGGUGUCCAUAAUACCGAAGCAGCAGUUCAAGAAAUUUCAGCCUCCUUUGAAGCUUGAACCCACCGAGCUACGCCUCAAGACUUACACCGGGGAAGUCGUGCAACCCUGCGGUUUCGUCAAAGCGUCCGUAAGAUACAAGGGUCAAGAGGACGUUCUACCCCUCUACGUAGUUGACCACAAUGGCCCGCCUCUUUUGGGCCGCGAGUGGCUCACACGUCUUCGUCUGGACUGGGACAACAUCUGCGGCGUACACAAGCUGUCGGACUCUCAUCGGUCUGAUGCAAGCAAGAAGUACGAGGCACGCCUAAAAGAACUUCAAGCCAAGUACAGCCGCAUCUUCGACGGCACCCUUGGCAAGAUAGAAGCAACGCUGGCAAAGCCUUUCUACAGGUUACUACAGAAGGAUGCUCCCUGGUGCUGGAAUCGGAAAUGUCAAGAUGCCUUCCAAGCCAUCAAGGAAAUCUUGUCUUCGACGGAGGUGCUGGCACACUACGACCCGGCACGCCCGCUGCAGCUAUCCUGCGAUGCGUCUGCGUAUGGUCUCGGCGCUGUGCUGUCGCACGUCAUGAAAGAUGGCACGGUAAGGCCAAUUGCCUACGCUUCCCGAACAUUAUCAAAGGCUGAGGAAAACUAUAGCCAGAUUGAAAAGGAGGCGCUCGCCCUAAUCUUUGGCGUCAAGAAAUUCCACUUCUACAUUUAUGGUCGGGAGUUUACGUUGAUUACUGAUCAUAAACCUUUGCAAGCGAUCCUUGGGCCAAAGAGUGGGAUCCCGGCAAUAGCCGCCGCAAGACUGCAGAGGUGGGCGGUAACUCUGUCAGCCUACAAGUAUAAACUUGCCUACAGGACGUCCGCAGAGAACGCGGACGCGGACUGUUUUUCACGACUUCCGUUGCAGUCCACAGAAGUAGACGACAGUCACGACGAGACGUUUUAUACGCUGCGAUUGGCAUCUCUACCAGUCACCAGUAGGGACAUCGCGCGUCAUACAGAGCGUGAUCCCGUCCUCAGCUUGGUCGUAGACUUCACCAAGAAGGGAUGGCCAUCACAUCUUGAUGAUAAAGUGUUGAAGCCCUAUUUUGACAGACGCAGGGAACUCACAGUCCACGAGCGGUGCCUGAUGCAUGGAAUGAGAGUCGUCGUGCCCCCGAAACUUCAACAGCUGGUCCUGGAGGAGCUACACCAGGGACACCCAGGAAUAGUGCGGAGCAAAGCACUCGCCCGAAGCUACGUAUGGUGGCCCUCCUUGGAAACGGACUUGGAGAACCAAGAGCGGCCCCACAUGGUUCCACGCAACAGUACUGCAGCGGACGGGACCAGUGUCCUACGUGGUCAAGGUGCGGACACCGGAUGGACUCCGUACUUGGAGGCGACACAAGGACCACCUGCGCUCAGCGUCUACUGCAGUGACAGCGCCGUCCCUUGUGGGGGAGGACGAUACCGACACCAUCUAUCCUGCGUCUGAAGCCGACGUACCACCUCCGUCUACUGUCUCCGCAAGACAAGCGGUGCCCGUCACCCCCACUAACGCUGCGCCUCGGCGAUACCCACAACGCCAGAGAAGACCCCCCGAUCGCUAUGAAGCCUCAUGACGUUCCAAAUUGCGGUGGAGGAAGUGCUAGAGGCCGCUGCCGUUGCUAUCAGCAGUACGCAUAGUACUGACGUCACCGGGCGCUCUAUAAGAAGAGCACCGUCAUACGC